AGCUUGAAGACGAAGCUGAUGCAACACCGGCCGGAGUUAACACGGACAUCGCGUCAGAGCGCUGAAGCUCAAAGGAGGAAGCCGCAUCUUAUCUUAUUCUCAGAAAGCCAGUCAGACAGGAGUUUGCGCAGCUUAUAGUCCUGAAGAUUAACUGGUACCAGCAUGCCUGUCAUCAGAACCCUCAGUAAGGUGGCCAAGCAGGCCCUGCUCAGCACCCCGGGGUGCAGCUGCCAACCCCUAACAGUGGCUGUACGCAACAUCAGCUUCUCCCCCCGGCAGGUGACUUCUGAUGCCAGCUUCCACUCAGUGUCCUUCUCAGAAACAGACCACCCCAAGGUGCUUAUCACAGGUGGCCUUGGGCAGCUCGGGGUGGGGCUCGCCAAAUUGUUGAGAAAGAGGUUUGGAAAGAACAACGUCAUUCUGUCUGACAUCAGGAAACCUCCAAGCAACGUUUUCCACAGCGGCCCCUUCAUCUACUCAGACAUCCUGGACUACAAGAACCUACGGGAGAUUGUGGUGAACAACCGCAUCACUUGGCUGGUUCACUACAGCGCCCUCCUCAGUGCUGUUGGAGAGGCUAACGUGGCCCUGGCGCGCUCUGUAAACAUCAACGGGCUUCACAACAUCUUAGACAUCGCCGCAGAGCACGGAUUGCGUCUGUUUGUCCCGAGCACCAUCGGUGCCUUUGGUCCCACUUCUCCCCGCAACCCUACGCCAGAUCUCUGUGUGCAGAGACCUCGCACCAUCUAUGGUGUUUCAAAAGUCCAUGCUGAGCUGAUGGGAGAGUACUACCACCAUCGUUAUGGCCUGGACUUCCGCUGUCUCCGCUACCCUGGAAUCAUUUCUGCUGACUCCAUGCCCGGGGGUGGCACAACAGACUAUGCUGUCCAGAUUUUCCACGAUGCAAUCAAAAGUGGCAAGUUUGAGUGCAACUUGAGACCCGACACACGGCUGCCCAUGAUGUACAUUGACGACUGCCUGCGUGCCACGCUGGAGGUGAUGGAGGCGCCAAUUGACACGCUGAGCAUGAGGACCUACAACAUCAACGCCAUGAGCUUCACCCCCGAGGAACUGGCCCAGGAGCUCCAGAAGCAGAUGCCCGAGCUGGAGGUCACGUAUGACGUUGACCACGUACGGCAGGCCAUUGCUGACAGUUGGCCAAUGAACUUCGACGACUCCAAUGCACGGAAGGACUGGGGCUGGAAGCACGAUUAUGAUCUUCCAGAGCUCGUCCAGACGAUGCUUAACUUCUUCGGCGCCGAGACGCUCAUGGCUCGUGCUAACUGAUGGCGGACAGCGUUUGUUCUUUGUACAUAAUGUAAAGACUGACCAAAGAGAAUAGAGUAACAUGGCCUGUACAUAGUCGUUCUCUCACUACUCUGUAAAAUAAGAAGGGCUGUGCUUGCCUGGCAUAAGGCUACCAUUUCUCCAGAAUGUAAAGGUCAGUGCAGGCUAGACAAUCCUGCCUGCUCCUGUCUAUCUACCCCUGAUUUGCUCUUUUUGCUCAUCCUUCUGCUUGGAGAUUUGGGCAAAGAGCAGUCUGUCAGCAGUAUCGGGGAUAACAAGUGGCCUGUGAAAACUUGUUUGGAUGUAAUACAAGAUGACUUGCAUGUAGAUCAAUUGUGCAAAAUUGUGCACUGUUGCAAAAAUCAAUUUAACAAAGUAAGAAUGUUGCAUUGUGUAUUUGUGACCAGUUUUCCUUUGGAGAUCCAAAGUUUUCUGCUACAUUUCAAAAGGUUGUCCUGGGGCUUAAAUCAAGUAACUUUGUAUUGAGAGGUGUACAAACACACAAGUUGGGUCCUUGGAUGCACUUUAGACAGAUUCAUAUCUUAAAAGUACUGACAGGUAAAUGAGUCUAAUUACCUGUGUGGCGAUUUCUGAUACGGUGCAUCUGUAUUUCGAGCAGUGCAGAGCGAUAAUUCUUAAGAAUUGUUCUUCUCUUUAUUCCACGUUAACAUUAUUUAUUCUGUCUGUUGGUGUUAAAACAUGUGGGAGCUUCAUCAAGUGAAAGCAUUUCUUAACACUUUUGUUUCUAAGCGUUCCUCUCCACUUUUAUGUUAUUUUAUUUUUUCAUCAACUCUAGUGGGAUUAUUUUUAACACAAAAGGAAAAUGUGAAGCUGUAUGCCACAUUUAUGUUUGGCCACAUUUGGCGGUUUCUGUAUGUCAACAUUUUGUAUAAGAAAUGCUGAAAGUGGUUUCUAUGUGAAAGUCUGUCCUUCAAUAACACAAUAAGCUUUGACAAUAAAAUAUUUUCCACAUA